AUGUCUGAUCGAUACAUUAAUUCAGAUCAAUACAGUAAACUGAGAAGUACCUAUAAAUACUAUAUCGAUUCAUAUAAUGCGUUGUAUCAGCUAAAAACAGAAAAUGACGAAGAUUUAAACUCGAUUUACAAAAUUCUCAAAUCAGAAUUGAUUGAUUCAAAGAAGCGUCUCCCCCAAAAUAUAAUCAAAGAUAUUUACAAUAUUAUUCCGUAUAAUAAUCGCUAUGUAGAGUCAUAUUUAGCUCUUGCGAAAAAAAUUACAGAUGAUUAUCAUUUAACAGAGACCAGCAUUAUAUCAAUGAUUUAUAACUUAAAAAAUAUUUACGCUCGUUUAGAAAAUACAAUUUACAGAGCAAUUAUAAAUAAUGAUCUUACAAAAUUCAUUUUAAUCGCUGAAAAAGAAGGAUUUGAUAAUAAUCAGCAACUUAGAAGCAAUUUAUAUCCAAAAUCUGGCAAUAGAUAUUCAUUACUUGAAUUAUGUUGUUAUUACGGAGCAGUUGAUUGUUUCAAAUUUUUGCGAACAAAAUUUAACUCAGAAAUAACUCAAACUUGCCUAAAUUUUUCGUUUUUAGGUGGAAAUCCGGAGAUCAUGGGUGAAUGUUUGAAGCAUCAAACAUCAGAAAAUGAAUGCAUGAAAUACGCAAUUAUUUCACAUAACAUUGAUUUUAUUACAUUCUUGAUGAAUGAAUACCAUUUAGAUAUCGAUUUAUCUGAUUGCGGAAAAUAUCAUAAUCUUGAAACAUUUUUAGUUUAUUUCGAUCAAACUAAUAACAUUUUUAAUUGUUUUAUUUAUUCAGCAAUGUUUGGAAUUCUACCACUUUGUAAAUUUUUCUUUUCUCAUGUUAAAAACAUCAAUGCAAAAGAUAGAAUUUCGAAAACAGCUCUUCAUACUGCGGCAGCUGGAAAUAGUAAAGAAAUAGCUGAGUUUCUUAUUUCGCAUGGUGUAAAUAUCAAUGAAAGAGAUAUAAAUGGUCAAAACGCACUUCAUAUUGCAGCACAGUAUAAUAGUAAAGAAACGGCUGAGGUUUUUCUUUCACACGGUGCAAAUAUCAAUGAAAAAGAUGAUCAUGGAAAAACCGCUCUUCAUUAUGCAGCAUGUGGAAAUAGUAAAGAAAUGACUGAGGUCCUUAUCUCACAUGGUGCAAAAAUCAUUGAAAAAGAUGAUCAUGGAAAAAACGCACUGCAUAUUGCAGCACAAUAUAAUAGUAAAGAUACAGCUGAAGUUCUUCUUUCACAUGGUGUAAAUAUCAAUGCAAAAGAUGAAGAAGGGAAAACUGCUUUUCAAAUUGCAGCAGAAAAUAAUAGUAAAGAAACAGCAGAGGUUCUUAUUUCACAUGGUGCAAAAAUCAAUGCAAAAAAUAAAGAUGGCAAUACCAUUCUUUUUAUUGCUGCAGAAAAUAAUAGUAAAGAAACAGCUGAAUUUCUUCUUUCACAUGGCUUAGGUCCCAAUGGAAAAGAUAAAACUGGGAAUACGGCUCUUCAUUGUGCAGCAUUUCAUAAUAGUAAAGAAACGGCAGAUGUUCUUAUUUCUUAUGGUGCAAAAAUCAAUGAAAAAAAUAAAUAUGGACAAACCGCUCUUCAUAUUGCAGCAGAAAAAAAUUGUAAACAAACAGCAGAGGUUCUUAUUUCUCGAGGUGCUAAUAUCAAUGAAAAAGAUGAACAUGGAAAAAUCGCUCUUUAUUAUACAACAUAUAGAAAUUGUGAACAAAUUGCCGAACUUCUUCUUUCACAUGGUGCAAAAAUCAAUGAAAGAGAUGAUAAUGGAAAAACCACUCUUCGUGUUGCUGCAGAAUAUAAUAGUAAAGAAACAGCUGAGCUUCUUAUCUCACAUGGUGCAAAUAUCAAUGGAAAAGAUGAUAAUGGAAAAGCCGCCCUUCAUCUUGCAGCAUUUUCGGAUAGUAAAGAAAUAGUCGAGCUUCUUAUUUUACAUGGUGCAAAUAUCCAUGAAAGAGAUGAUCAUGGAAAAACCGCUCUUCAUAUUGCAGUAGAAAAUAGAAGUAAACGAAUUGCUCAAUUCUUUAUUUCUCGUGGUGCAAACGUCAAUGAAAAAGAUGAAGAUGGGAAACCCCCUCUUCAAAUUGCAUGGUCUAAGAAUCUUCGUUUGAAUUAG